ACUAGUGAGCGCCUUGCGUCGCGCCCCUCAGGUUCAUGGGGCGUGGGUCGUCGGCGAGGAGGCGGGCCUUCCGCUCCCGCGCCAAGCUAUUUCCGGCAGGAGCCGGAAGACAGUCCCGGAUGGGGUCAGGGGCGGUCUGUGCGUGGAGCUGAGUUCGGGGGCGGCCGGCCUUCCCGCGCGCGUUGCGAGCCACAUGCUGCGGGCCGCAUCCGCCAGUCCCCGCUCGGACCAGCGGCGCUGAGGCGCCCGAGCAGCGCGCGACAUGUCGUCGGGCCUCCGCGCCGCCGACUUCCCCCGCUGGAAGCGCCACAUCUCGGAGGAGCUGCGGCGCCGGGACCGGCUGCAGAGGCAGGCGUUUGAGGAGAUUAUCCUGCAGUAUAACAAGUUGCUGGAAAAGUCAGAUCUUCAUUCAGUAUUGGCCCAUAAACUACAAGCCGAAAAGCAUGACAUGCCAAACAGGCACGAGAUAAGUCCUGGACAUGAUGGCGCCUGGAAUGACAGUCAGCUGCAGGAAAUGGCCCAGCUGAGGAUUAAACACCAGGAAGAGCUGACGGAAUUACACAAGAAACGUGGGGAGCUAGCUCAGCUGGUGAUUGACCUGAAUAACCAAAUGCAGCAGAAGGACAAGGAGAUACAGACGAAUGAAGCCAAAAUUGCAGAAUGUUUGCAGACCAUCUCGGACCUGGAGGCGGAGUGCCAAGAACUGUGCGGUAAGCUUCAGGACCUCGAGAGAGUCAACCAGACCCUGAAGGAUGAAUACGAUGCCCUGCAGAUCACGUUUACCGCCCUGGAGGAGAAGCUGAGGAAGACAACUGAAGAAAACCAGGAGCUGGUCACCAGGUGGAUGGCCGAGAAGGCCCAGGAAGCCAACCGCUUGAACGCAGAGAAUGAGAAGGAUUCGAGGAGGCGGCAAGCCCGGCUGCAGAAAGAGCUCGCGGAAGCGGCGAAGGAGCCUCUGCCCGUUGAACAGGACGAUGACAUUGAAGUUCUCCCGGACGAGACCUCGGAGCAAGCUGAGGAGACCUCUCCCGUGCGGGCCAUCAGCAGAGCGGCCACUAAGCGACUCUCGCAGCCUGCUGGAGGCCUUCUGGACUCUAUCACUAAUAUCUUUGGGAGACGCUCCGUCUCUUCCCCUCCAGUGCCCCCAGACAACAUGGACUCUCAUCCUGGCUCCAGUAAAGACGUGAGGGUGCCAGCUACUGCGCUGUAUGUCUUCGAUGCACACGACGGGGAAGUGAAUGCCGUGCAGUUCAGUCCUGGCUCCCGGCUGCUGGCCACUGGUGGCAUGGAUCGCAGGGUCAAACUCUGGGAAGUGUUUGGAGACAAAUGUGAGUUCAAGGGGUCCCUCUCUGGCAGUAACGCGGGAAUUACAAGCAUUGAAUUCGAUAGUGCUGGAUCUUACCUCUUAGCAGCUUCAAAUGAUUUUGCGAGCAGAAUCUGGACUGUAGAUGAUUAUCGAUUACGGCACACGCUCACGGGUCACAGUGGGAAGGUGCUGUCUGCCAAGUUCCUGCUGGACAACGCUCGCAUUGUCUCAGGAAGCCACGACCGGACCCUCAAACUCUGGGAUCUCCGCAGCAAAGUCUGCAUAAAGACGGUGUUUGCAGGAUCCAUUUGCAACGAUAUUGUCUGCACAGAGCAGUGUGUCAUGAGCGGACACUUUGACAAGAAAAUCCGUUUCUGGGACAUCCGGUCAGAGAGUAUCGUCCGAGAGAUGGAGUUGCUGGGGAAGGUGACCGCCCUGGACUUAAACCCAGAACGCACGGAGCUCCUGAGCUGCUCUCGCGAUGACCUGCUGAAAAUUAUCGAUCUACGAAAAAACGUCGUCAGGCAGUCGUUCAGCGCCCCUGGCUUUAAGUGCAGCUCCGACUGGACCAGAGCCGUGUUCAGCCCUGACGGUAGCUUCGUGACCGCAGGCUCAGCUGAGGGCUCUCUCUAUGUCUGGAGUGUGCUCACGGGGAAGGUGGAAAAGGUCCUUUCCAAGCAGCACAGCUCGUCCAUCAACGCCGUGGCCUGGUCUCCCUCUGGCUCACACGUCGUCAGCGUGGACAAAGGAAGCAAAGCUGUGCUGUGGUCGGACUACUGACAGGCCCCGGUGCUGGGAGCGCAGGUGCCCCUGCUGGAGGACUUGAGGGGGACUUGCGGGGCUGUGACGUGGGCUGCUGCCUGGACUUGGGGAGCGGCGUCCAGGCGGCAUGCCCAGGGGCCUUGCUCUGAGAGGAUUGCUGAGGAUGGUGACAACGGCUCCCCGCCUGAGAGAGCCACACUGAGACGUGUGGCCUGCAGACAUGGCCACAGGCCAGGCUCUUGCCUGUGGCUGCUGGGAAACACUACCGGCCCUCCCAUACCUCACCGGGAGGCGGUCAGGCCCCGCUGGCUCCUCCCUGGGCCGCAGUGCCAACACACCCCCGGCCUGGGAGCCUGUCUCCUAUGCUUCCUCCCGUCUGUCUGCCCACCGUCCGUUCUCGCCUGACGCAUGUCAGGGGGCCCAGUUCAGAAACCAAAGCACAGGAACCUUCUCUCGGAGGAGGUGGGACCGUGGCCACCUCGGUAGUGUGCGUCUUUAUCUUGGGGCUCUGCUCCUGCUCUGUCUCAUUACUGCUGAAAUUUCCUUGGGUUUUUUCAACUCUUCUUGGAAAAACAUCUUUUCUUCAGAGCUUCUGACUCCCGCCCACACAAACAAACAAUUCUACAUAUUGGUUUCUUGAUAUAGAAGUAAAUCUCAAUUUGAUUUAAAAAAAAAAAAAAAAAAGAUCCAGGGAGGAAGUGUGGGAAUGUUUUUCCUGAGAAAUGGGGGUGCUGCAGAGGUAGAGAAUGUUCUGGGUAAGUCUGCAGGUUCCCAGAAGGGGUGCACACCCCGUUCUUUCAGGUGUGUCUGGAUUACAGCCAGGCUGACAAGGGGUUCAGGCCCGGGAAGUAUUAGUCCAGCUGCUUGGCCGGCCACUGCCGCUUUGCCAGGCGGGCAUGCGGAGCUCUUGGUGCUUCCUGCCAGCCGCUCCAGGACGUGGGGUGAUGGCUUCAGAAGGUGGGGGCUGAGAUCGAGGCUGGGGGGAGAUUGGCCUGUGAGUUUUUAUCUUUACCGUUUUGCCUCUGUAUAAAAUCCUAGUUCCUUGUUUGAGUGUCAAAAGCUCCAAUGGUUUUAUCACUUUUUAAUUUGCACUUUAUUUUUUUUCCUUCCACACUUGUUUUCUGGAGGGGUGGGCGGAAGAGGACAGAUACUGGGAUGCCUCCUCUGCCGGUUUGCUCUUCAGGGGACUCGUGUUGGGGGGGAGCUGAAAUUCACAGGCUAGGGCCACGUCUUCUUAUUUAUUUAAUUAUGUCGCCCGACAAACUUGGUUGUAAAUAAACAGCAAAGCCAGUCUGCUCUGUACUGUCCCAGCUCUGCGCCUCCCGGUUGCCAGUUGAUUCUCCUUUCUCCCUAGGAGGGGGGGAGCUCUGUCUCCAUCCUGCUCCCAACACUCAGUCAUUUGUAAAUACUGCUUGGAGUCUUCCCUUGUAUUCUUUUCAGCCCCUUCCCACAGAUUACCACUCCCUCUAAACA